ACUAUUUGAGUAACAGUCUGACUGGAAACGAGGCAUUUUAAGGUGGAAAAUGGAGAAAAUUUCUCUCCUUGCUUUAAUAUACGGAAUCUUUAUAUUAAUAUCUAAUUUGUGUCUGACGUCAUCAGUGUCAGUGUUCGUGUCGAGACAGAUGGCUCAGUCAGUGUUAUCGAGACAGAAGCGCUUUAAUAAAGGAGCGUUGGAGGAGGUGAUCAGAGAUAACCUGGAGAGAGAGUGUAUAGAGGAGAAAUGCAACUUUGAGGAAGCACGUGAAGUUUUUGAGAAUGUGGAGAAAACAAGAGAGUUCUGGAUUGGUUACAUUGAUGGAGAUCAGUGUUUGUCGUCUCCAUGUCAGAAUGGAGGGACGUGUAAAGAUGGCUUGAGCUCCUACGCAUGUUGGUGUCCCAUCGACUUCAACGGGAAGAACUGCGAACUUGAGUUAGUGAGACAGUGUGAUGUGAAUAAUGGAGGCUGUAUGCAGUUUUGUGUGGUGGAUAAGAUAAAGGGCGUGGUGUGUAACUGUGCUGACGGAUACACACUCGGCGCAGACGAGAGGAGCUGUGAGCCGAAAGAUAAUUAUCCCUGCGGUCGUUUGGGGAAGAAAAUCGCCAACACUCUGUCCACGAGAACAUUAAUCACUGAAGAAACUGUGAUCCAAAUCAACGCCAUCAAACAUGUGAAUGUGACGGAGAGGAAUUUAACAGCAGCAAACAGCACAAAUUCCACUGAGCUCAGCAGCGCCACCAUCAGGCCAACACCGGGAGAAAAUUACUGGGAUUUCUUCCCCACUUUACCCACCGUCAUAAAGGAGACCAACACUGACCAGCGCAUUGUGGGAGGACUUGAUGCAACACCUGGAGAGAUUCCGUGGCAGGUGGCACUGGUCCAUAAGGAAAAGAAGGUCGUGUUCUGUGGUGGUUCUCUCCUGAGUGAUAUGUGGGUCAUCACUGCCGCCCACUGUCUGGUGGAGGGAGGGAUCGGACAGUUCUUUAUCAGAUUAGGAGAACAUAACGUUAAGAUCAAUGAACAGCGGGAGCGCGAUCAUGAAAUUGACGAGCACCAUGCCCAUCCUAACUACCAGUAUCAGCAAAGCCACAACCAUGACAUCGCCCUGCUGAAACUCAAAACGCCAGCCACGUUCUCCGACUACAUUAUCCCGAUCUGCCUGGGUCCAAAAACCUUCACGGAGAACCUGCUGAAGAGCGCUACGCUCUCGCUGGUGAGUGGGUGGGGCCGGAUUCGCUACGGAGGGCUGGAGUCCGACACGUUGCAGAAGGUCGAGGUUCCCUAUGUGGACCGCACCGAGUGCAAAGGUAGCGAUAAGAUUUCACGCUUUAUGUUCUGCGCCGGGUUCCUUACCACCCGCAAGGACUCGUGCCAAGGAGACAGUGGUGGACCUCACGCCACCAGACUGGGCACAGACACGUGGUUCCUGACGGGCGUUAUCAGCUGGGGUGAUGAGUGCGCUAAAGAGGGGAAGUACGGCAUCUACACACGCGUGUCCAGGUACAUGAACUGGAUCACUAACAUGACUGGAAUCAGAGCAGGUAUUCUGAAUGAUGAGGUGUAGUACGUUUAAAUCAAGGUUUCUCAACUUCAGAUUCCAGAAGCAUGAAAGUAAAAUGUGUUCGGCAAGAACUGAUCCCAUCAUUUCUCAAAAACAAAAAUAAAAAAUUUAAUCAUUA